AUGUUAUGUUUUGUUGGCCAUUCCCCAAAAACAGCCACCCAUUCGCCCUCGGGAGUGUUUGAAUCCACUAAGGUGCAAAAGAGGACUUUUGUCACACAACGGGAAGCCCGCUUGCUCCAGAGAAGACCAAAGGCCGAGAGAGCACGUUGGAAAGUGGAUCUUGAGCAGCCCGAUCCCAACCGCAUGUCUACUCAAACAGAGCCACCGGCUGUCUUCAAUGGGGCUCACUCCCCAGGACUGCGGUCUUACUCCCGAGUAAGCGCGCGCCCCGACUUCACGCACGCUUACGCACAACCCAACGUUCCCUGGGGUGGGUGUGUUUAA